UAUGAUGUGUGAAAUGUCUGCCAGGGCGUCACCUACCCAGCCUGCCACGGGAUGUGGAGUAAGUGGGCUCCUCCGCUGGAGAGAAGCAGGUUGGCCACCACAUCAUUCUGUGGGUCUUAUGCAGGUGCAGUGGUUGCCAUGCCACUGGCAGGUGUGCUGGUACAGUAUAUAGGAUGGUCAUCAGUCUUUUAUAUUUAUGGGAUGUUUGGGAUUGUUUGGUACAUGUUCUGGCUGCUUCAUGCCUAUGAGAGUCCUGCUGCACAUCCAACAAUAACCAAUGAAGAAAAGAUAUAUAUAGAAACAAGCAUUGGAGAAGGUUCCAGCUUAGCUAGCGCAAGUAAAUUUAGUACUCCCUGGAAGAGAUUUUUCACUUCAAUGCCGGUUUAUGCAAUCAUUGUGGCAAACUUUUGCAGAAGUUGGACCUUUUAUCUGCUCCUUAUAAGUCAGCCUGCUUACUUUGAAGAAGUCUUUGGGUUUGCGAUAAGCAAGGUUGGCCUUUUGUCAGCAGUUCCUCACAUGGUCAUGACAAUCAUCGUACCCAUUGGAGGCCAACUAGCUGACUUCUUACGGAGCAGGAAGAUUUUAACCACCACCGCUGUAAGGAAGGUCAUGAAUUGUGGAGGAUUUGGGAUGGAAGCAACCCUGCUUUUGGUGGUUGGUUAUUCUCAUACAAAAGGUGUGGCUAUUUCCUUUCUGGUGUUAGCAGUAGGCUUCAGUGGCUUUGCAAUUUCAGGAUUCAACGUGAAUCACUUGGACAUCGCCCCGCGCUACGCCAGCAUUCUGAUGGGGAUCUCCAAUGGUGUGGGAACACUGUCAGGCAUGGUGUGCCCACUCAUUGUUGGUGCAAUGACGAAACAUAAGACCCGGGAAGAAUGGCAAAAUGUCUUUCUGAUCGCAGCUCUGGUGCAUUACAGUGGAGUGAUAUUCUAUGCUAUCUUUGCUUCUGGGGAGAAGCAGGUUCCUGAAAACCUCAGUGAAGAGAAAUGUGGCAUAAUUGAUCAGGAUGAACUAGCUGCAGAAACAGAGAUGAACAAUGAAACUUUUGUAAGUCCAAAGAAAAUGUACGGUGCUACCAAUCAAAACAGGGAAGUACAGAGAAGGGAAUGGAGAAAGCAAAAGCAAGGAACUCAAGACAUGGAAGAACAGACUUCUUACCAUUAUGAAAAUGGAAAUUUUCAAGAUUUGUCAUAAUACUUGAAAUUGUAAGGUUUGUAUAACAGCUACUCCCAUCCCUCCUCCUGCCUAGCUGCCC